GGGCGCUGUAAGCGGAAGUGACGUAAGGUAUCAGCGGCGAAAAGUGGAAUGAGUAGACGGACGGUCGGACGGCAACCUCAGAUUAUCUUCCUUUUUGAGUUGCUCGUCACACGGUGCAGUCUCCCGUUAAGUUAAGUUGUUAAAGUUGAAGUGUUCCUUAUACUUUAAGGUUUUAUUUGUCAACUGUUGCAUUUAAUUUAUUCCAUAUAACUCAAAAUGGGUAAAGAAAAGAUUCACAUUAACAUCGUAGUAAUCGGUCACGUAGAUUCAGGUAAAUCUACAACGACUGGGCAUUUGAUCUACAAAUGCGGUGGUAUCGAUAAACGUACCAUUGAAAAAUUCGAAAAAGAAGCUCAAGAAAUGGGUAAAGGCUCCUUCAAAUACGCAUGGGUAUUGGACAAACUGAAGGCCGAGAGAGAACGUGGUAUCACCAUCGAUAUUGCUCUAUGGAAGUUUGAGACCGCAAAAUACUAUGUGACUAUUAUUGAUGCCCCUGGCCACAGAGAUUUCAUCAAGAACAUGAUCACUGGCACAUCGCAGGCUGAUUGUGCUGUGCUUAUUGUGGCUGCAGGUACUGGUGAAUUUGAAGCAGGUAUCUCCAAGAAUGGUCAAACUCGUGAACAUGCUCUGCUUGCUUUCACUCUUGGAGUGAAGCAGCUUAUUGUAGGAGUCAACAAGAUGGACUCUACUGAGCCCCCAUAUGGUGAAGCUCGUUUUGAGGAAAUCAAAAAAGAAGUAUCCUCAUACAUCAAGAAGAUUGGUUACAACCCAGCUGCUGUUGCCUUUGUACCCAUCUCUGGAUGGCAUGGAGACAACAUGUUGGAGCCAUCCACUAAGAUGCCAUGGUUCAAGGGAUGGGCCAUUGAACGCAAAGAAGGAAAAGCUGAAGGCAAGACCCUCAUUGAAGCUCUUGAUGCCAUCCUUCCUCCUUCCAGGCCCACUGAAAAGCCCCUCAGACUUCCACUUCAGGAUGUCUACAAGAUUGGAGGUAUUGGAACAGUACCUGUUGGUCGUGUAGAAACUGGUGUCCUAAAACCUGGUAUGGUUGUGGUCUUUGCCCCAGCGAACAUCACCACUGAAGUAAAGUCUGUUGAAAUGCACCAUGAAGCUCUGCAGGAGGCUGUGCCUGGAGACAAUGUAGGUUUCAAUGUCAAGAACGUCUCUGUAAAGGAAUUGCGUCGUGGUUAUGUAGCUGGAGAUUCUAAAAGCAACCCACCUAAAGGAGCUGCUGACUUCACAGCCCAGGUUAUUGUCCUCAACCAUCCUGGACAGAUCUCAAAUGGAUACACCCCUGUGCUCGAUUGUCAUACUGCCCACAUUGCUUGCAAAUUCGCAGAAAUCAAGGAAAAGGUUGACCGUCGUUCUGGUAAGACCACUGAAGAGAACCCUAAGGCAAUCAAGUCUGGUGAUGCUGCCAUAGUAAACCUUGUUCCAACCAAACCCAUGUGUGUUGAGGCUUUCCAGGAGUUCCCUCCUCUAGGACGUUUUGCUGUCCGUGACAUGAGGCAGACUGUUGCUGUAGGUGUCAUCAAGUCAGUCAACUUCAAGGAUGCUACUUCUGGCAAAGUCACAAAAGCAGCUGAAAAGGCACAGAAGAAGAAGUAGCCUUUCUGAAACUCCAUAAUUAUAGCUAUAACUUUUGAUACAAUAAUAAUAAAUAUUUUUCCAUAAUAAACUGGAGUUCAAAAAAUUUUAUUUUUUGACUUUAGUGAUCUGUAAAAUUUUUCGUUAUGAUAUGAUAUGAACACUUAUAAUAAAAACGAUUUCGUAAG